GACGACCACUGGGUGGCGAUGUUACCAAGCGUCGGUAUGCGAAUUGGCGUCAUACAGCUAAGCGAAGAAGAAAUCUCACAUGUAGACCAUCUGCUCAUGUAGCGUUUAGCUUAUUUAUUACCCAAAUUUUAGUGAAUAAUUGUUAUUUUACGUACAAGUAGGAAUAUACUAAUAGGGUGAAGAAUGUCUUCCAGCUGCCGACGGCCCGAACACUCUGCUCCGCCUGAUGUGUUCUACAAUGAAGACGAGGCAAAGAAGUACUCGCAGAACUCUCGAAUGAUUGAGAUCCAGACCCAGAUGUCAGAGAGAGCAGUUGAACUUUUGAACCUUCCCGAGGGUCAACCGUGCUUCCUGUUAGAUGUGGGAUGUGGCUCUGGUCUCAGUGGGGAUUACCUCUCAGAGGAGGGACACUACUGGGUUGGGGUUGACAUCAGCACUGCAAUGUUGGAUGUUGCAUUGGACAGAGAAGUAGAAGGAGACCUUUUACUAGGGGACAUGGGCCAGGGGAUGCCAUUCCGACCGGGCACAUUUGACGGUUGUAUCAGUAUUUCUGCCCUGCAGUGGCUCUGUAACGCUGACAAGAAAACUCACAGUCCUCCAAAGAGACUCCAUACUUUCUUCAGUAGUCUGUACUCCUCUCUGUCCAGAGGUGCAAGGGCAGUUUUUCAGCUUUACCCAGAAAACUCAGAGCAGCUUGAGCUGAUCACAUCACAGGCCAUGAGAGCAGGUUUCACUGGGGGGAUGGUGGUGGACUAUCCCAACAGCAGCAAGGCCAAAAAAUUCUUUCUGUGUCUGUUUGCUGGAGUAUCAGGAGUCCUCCCCAAAGGCUUGGGAGCAGAAGCUGUGGACAAAAGUGUUUCAAACCAGGUUCAAUUCUCAGGGCAAAGAUGUCGGUAUAAAAACAUGAAGGGCAAAUCUGUGAAGAAGGGUCGAGACUGGAUCAUGGAGAAGAAGGAGAGGAGGAGAAGACAAGGAAGAGAUGUUCGACCAGACAGUAAAUACACUGGACGUCAGAGAAGACCUCAUUUCUAGCUGUGACUCAUGCAGCUGGGCCGUUAUUAGGUCUCGUCUGUGGCUCGACGCACAGCUGGAGCCACAGAGUGUUUGUACUCAUCACUUUAAUUCAAGUGGAUGUGAGAGAGUGAGAGUGGAUUCAGGCUGAGUUCUUGGUACAUGUGGUCCAGUGUUUGGAAGAUCGUCCCUCACACUGUCCAGUAAAUGACAGGGAUGUAGUACAGGUCUCAAGACAACUCCCCCUGUCUUCCCACCGAUGCUGUCAGUUUCAAUGACAUUUGGUCUCCAUUCAUAAGCUGCUUAUUUGUUUAUCUGCAAUCAUUUCUUAAUUAAAAUGUUAAAAAAAA